CAGAAUAUUUUUUUUCUUGUUUUCCUCCUCCAAAAACUAGGUGCGUCUUGUGGUCUGGUGCAUCUUAUAGAGUGAAAAAUACGGUAGGUUAACUGUAUUUUUAAGAACCCCCCCCCCCAAGAGAAUGUUCAGAAAUUGGGACUCAGCAAUUUACUAGAACAUAAACGUAGGACUUAGAGAUGGAUCACAUGCCACUGUGAAAACAAUGUGGGCAGAAAGUUAAACUGUAAUUACAGUGUAUGAAAACGGUAUUUUAAAUUCUGCAAAUAACAUUUAAGAUAUUGAGUUUUUAAUAUCGCUGUAUUUAUUAUAUAUAAUGUGUGUGUAAAUGUUGUUUUAAAAAGAGAGAAUGUAAAGUACCCGAUAAAGCUAAGUGGAAGCAACAAAAAACACACAAUCACAACUUAGUUUUUCUGGAUUAAUACUUAUUACUGAUUGCAUUGUACUGGUGGCAGUGAAGCCCUGCUGCCUACAGUAGUACCCUUUUAACCUUGAAAGAAACAGAAAAGAGUUUGAAACAAGGUGCUGAAUGCAAGUGAGAUUCGAUGAUGGGAGAGAGAGAGAGAGAAACAGUGGAACACGCAAGCUGAAGUUGGGGCGCUUAUCUGGAAAAGCAGAGAUAGGUGGUGUGUGUGUGCUAUCAAAAGUGGUAGAUUGCAAGGGCAGGUUAGCCUAGCAGAGCCAGACAUACCCUUAGGCAAAAUGCCAUGACCACCUCAGGUGGUAGCAGUGAGCUGUUGCUCCUGUGUUACUGGCCAUUGCCCUCUGUUGGAAGACAGAGCUGUUUAUGCCACACAACCUGACCUGGGACCCUAACUUAGUCUGCUGCCCCAGGUGCGGUGGAGGGUGCUAUUCCAUUCCCUUCUCCCUCAGGCUGAAAAAUAUCCUGGGCAGGUCCUGAGGUCAGAUCAUUCUCACAGAAAGGAGACACAGCGAGAGAGAAGAGGUGCAAUUGUGUGGUGUGUAAAGAGACAAUGACCCAACUGCCAUGGCAACGAGAUCAUAGUCCUGCUUUGCAAUAUCUAGCAAGACAGGAAGGAGCAGCCUGGUGAUCACAAUGGCGUCUCACAAUACUGUGAGACUUGGAACUUCUCAUGGGAAUUCAGAAAGAGGUGGGCACUGGUAGAAGACAGGGGGUAGGCGGAACUAAUAAUUAUAGUUUUGUCCCCAUUCUCCUCCCUGCCGAGUUGUACAUGGUCAACACUGAGAGCUAAAGAUGAAGUGGAUAGGUUGUGCUAAUCCCUGAAGUGUUUGUAAGCAAGAUGUCAGGCAGGUGGGGACUGUCUGAGAGCAGGAUGAAGUAGAUGGUGCAAAGCCCCAUUCAUUUUUAUAGACCAGUCUCCACUGGGCAGCAUGCAUAAGGCUGGCUUUAGAACUGUAUGUAAAGACCAGAUGGCAACAAGCCAAGAAAGGUAGACACUGCAGGCUGCAAGUCCAGGGAAGAAGAGAAGGAAAACAAAGGUGAUGAUUGCCAGCACAUUUCUGCUGAAGCUCGGAAAAUGGCCACACUCCUUCUACAGUCUGUGCAGAAUAGGGGAGAGGGCAAGGUCAGCUGGUGUAAAGUGUGUGGAACACUCAGUGGACAGCAGAGAAGGGGGAAGAAAGACACAACUGACAGAAACCCAUAAGGCAGGGGUGGGGGGGAUCCUUUUUCAUCCUGAGGAAUGCAUACCCUUUUGGGAGCCUCAUGGUAAUAUCAGGCCAGAGGCAAAAGUGGGCAGAGCAAUGAAUAUACAUUUCACUUUGGUACAGCAGGCUGGUUUCUUCACAAAAAAGGCAUUAUCCGAGUUCAACAUCACAUUCCAGCCAGGCAAAAAUGCUCAAGGAAGGGGGUGAGGUAAGACUGGUGAGGGCUUUGGUCUGGGGAUAGUGUGGCCAGGGAAGAGUCCCAAAAGAGACCUGGAGGACUGCAUUUGGCCCACAGGCCUGAAGUUCCACAUCCCUGAUGCAUGAGGUGAGGCCAGAGACACAGCCAAAGGUAAGGCACUGAGGAUUUUGAGCAGGGAACUCUGUCUCACUUGGUAGCUUCCGUGCAGAGAAAACUGCUAAUCUCUGCUGCACCACCACCACACAGGGCUAGAUAAGGUACUGCAACUUUCAACACCAGCAAAAUUUAGUGCUGUGAGCAGCUUUUGAUAGCUGCUUUCUUUGGGCUUGGCUGCUCAAACUAAUUUCUUGCUCAGAACAGGCUGAGCUGUUAUGGAGUACCUGAGAGCUGUGCUGAACAGCUGGCCUGCCUCUUGGCUAACAACCAUCCCAUUCCAGCUCUGGUGAUGUGAGUGUCCCACUGCCUCUGGAAAGAAGCUGUGGGGAUGGCUUUUUGUUUUGCUUUUUGCACCAUAUUUUACCAGCCAAAAUGUUGGCUGCAGGCCUGCAACUGAGAUUCAUUUCAGUAGAAUCACACUUAGGCAUCAUGAACUUCCCCGGGCUGGAGCUAUUAAAAUUUAUUGCAACUGUUUGAUUGUUACCUGGAAGAAAAUAUAUUCUUUAAUAUCUUUUCAGCUGUAACGUGGGGAAUAAUGCUAAGCUGUAAAAUGCCUGUUUUUGAAUUGCUUCAUGGAUCAUAGGAAUGCCUGGAGGCCAAACGGUAGCCUGGUGCCACAUUGACUGUAGUUCGGUUAGUGAGGAGAGAGUUUAACCACCAGCCAAAUCUGGGCUUAGCCAAGUGGUGUGGGAGCAAAAAAGUGGCAACGUAAGCCAGAGUGAGGGAACAUUUGGCCCUUGAGACUUCAUUUCCCAUCAUCCCUGGCCAUUAGUCAUACUGGCUGAUGGGAGUCGGAGUCCUAUAUGUACUUUUCCUUGCUUAUUUGUUUGUUUUGUAUCACAAAAAACCUUAAUUGCAUACAGAGCACCAAAGGUUCCCUAUUCCUCUAUCAGCCACAGUUUGGCUUACCGCGUUGUGGGAACCAGGCCAGUGUGUGUAGCUAUGUUAAAUCUUUUCCGUUUCCUUUCAACCCUGCUCACACUUACUUGGGAGUAAGGCCCCCCCCCAUGGAACCUACUUGCGAGUAAACGUGCCUUAUUCAGCCUAUGAGCUGGCAGCUCCCUUCCCAUUGGCUGCUUCUGGCCAUCGACGAGAAUUAUUAGACGGGGGAGCCACGUCCGUUGGGAUUUACAACCGUCUCCCCUGCUGCGAGAAACCGCGCGCGACGCACCUCUUUAAAGAAAGCGACCCCUCCCACCUGUCCUCGUGCCGCUCCGCCGGGGUUCAAGGGCUCCCAUUGGCAGGCGGCCGCCGUCAAUCUUUGUGAGGCGUCACGCGAAAAAAGCAGCCGGCGCAAACUCAGACGGGCGAGUGCGGCAGAUGCGCGUGUGCCACACGGGUGAGAAGGCGUGGCGCGGCUUCGUGUUCUCCCCCCUCUGUACAAGAGAAGGAAGCAUUAUUUCCCCCCACCCACCUCCGUCCUAGGCGGUAGGAACCUGCCUGGGCGACAAGGUUGGCAGGUGGUAAUGUGAGGGGGUUCAAGUAAUUCCUGCCCUGCCGCCGUCGGCGCUGAGCUCCUUUCCCUUUUGCCUCCUCACUCCCUGUCUCGGUUUCUCAAGGGAAGGGGAAGCGGUCGGUCGUGAGGGCUUGGGAAAAGGGCCCACAGAAGGGCGGGAAGGGCGAGGGCCAGUGGAGACGCUCACACGAGCUGGGCGAAGCGACGGGCUCAAUUCGAACAGUUUCGAAAGCAGGCCGUAGAAACGGCCUUUCUCCAUUUUCUCGCCUUUCCGGAAACAACCGAGGGAGCCCCGGGGUUUAAAGCAAACCACCCCGAGAAAGAGCCGAGGAGAAAAUGGAAAGACGGGGUAGAAACGGGAACGGCAGGCGAGCCGGCCUUGCCGUCCUCCCUCUCACCCACGGAUGCGGCCUGUAGGCCCUGCCUCUGACCCUUCGCACCCCUGUUCUUGGUUAAGAUUGGUCCCCCUGCCUAUAAGGUAUUGGGAAGCGGGGUAGGGGGAGCCGGCCGGUAGGCCGAAAGCCUGAGGUCCAAACUCCCCGGAAGUUUUGUCGCUCCAAGUUGGCAGACUUGCGCAGCCCAGAAGUCUCGAUUUGGCCAUAUCACCGGCACGUGGGCCGCUUUAGGAUCUUGCCCCAGAAAUGCCUGGUUUUGGAGUUUCUGUUGGGGUCGAUGCCACCAUUAGCUCCUGUUCGCGGGAGCAUCAGGGACCUGGGUAGCGGUGGAGGCUCUUCGAGAAACCACCACACCCAAAUCUUGAAAAUAUUGUGUUCAAAAGAGGAGGCUUCGGGCGCCCUUCUAGUAAAAGAAAACAAACGCCGCCUCUAUAGAAAAGUCACAAGGUGGUUUUGAGUUUCAUAUUAGAAGCCAUGGGGUUAGCGCUCCUCCCCUAUCAAGUAAAUAAUUAAAUAAAAGUAACUGAGGACCUGACACUCCCCCAAAUGCCCAUGUUAGAAGCACUACUAAAAUCGUGAAUGUGUGCACCAGGAGUCUAGAAAUCUCUGAUGGCACGUUCUUUGUUAAAAUCCGGCAAAUGGGGGGGGGGGGGUAGAAAAAUUUCUAGUGCAGUAUAUUUCUCGUGGAAAUGCACCACUUUCUGUGCCUGGCACAAGGGGCUCACCAGUAUCUCUAGGAAGGAUGAGGUUUGGAUCUCUUGAGAGCAUCAAUAAAAUGCACUGUUUCAUAAAAUGAAUUGUUCAGUGCCGUAAUUAUUCCUUCAAACAGAGUAAGGAAAGUGCAUGCUACUUGCCAUGUUUUACAAUAUUUACAGGUAUUUCAACAAAAACAAUUUUCAAGUAAACAUUUGAAUCAGUUUGAAUAUAUAUAUAUUAAUCACAUUGUGCAAACCCUUCCUAAUAAGAGACAUUAAUUGACUUGCUUUGGGGGGAAAGGUUUUUAUAUAGCAUGCAGAAUUGAGCGAUAUUAUGUAUAAUAAAUGUAAGUCAAACAUGCUAAAUUGGAUCCUAGUUGAAAACCUGCAUAUUAAAUCUAUGUUUUAAUAUGGAACAGACUUUCUUGGGAGGUGGUGGACUCUCCUUCAUUAGAGGUUUUUGGCACAGGUCAGAUGGCCUUCUGUCAUGGAUGCUUUAGUAGAGAUUCCUACAUUGCAGGGGGUUGGGUACCUUCGGGGUACCUUCUAAGUCUACAAUUUCAGAGAAUCUAGGCUCAGCAAUAUGUAUGCACUGGGAAUCCUGGCUUAUAAGAAAGAAAGAAAAAGGUUAGUUGCAAACAAGCCAACUUCAAAGCUGGUUAGUUUGAGCAGAGAUCUUUUGAAAUAAAAAGUAAGCUCAGCAAGUACUCCUUGCCACAUGAGAAGGGAAGGGGACUACUGAACCCAACGCUUUGUCUUACCAGAAAAUGUGGUUAUUUGCAUUAACAACAGAAAUUGAUUGCUAAUCAAAUAGUUCUUAGCACCUAUAAAUGGUUAACUGUGUUUCAGUUCUAUUUUGUUAUUUUAGCUUCUUCCCAUUACAGAUAAUAGCUUCUAGAUGAAAGAGGGAGGAUCACAUUUGAAAUAAACAAGAAUUACUGAGUCCAUUUAGCAGUUUAUAAAAGCAUUUUCAGAAGCUUGCAGUUCAUUGCACAUGCACAUUUAUCUAAAGUAAUUCUGCUUAUGCACUAAUAAAGCUAAAGCGCUAUAAACACUUUAAACAUUUUAUUUCACUUUGCUAGUUUAUAUUAUAUUCAUACAGUGUUUUGGGGUUCAGGAAGAGACUGUAUAAUAAAACCAUACAGCAUGUACUAAAAUCUACAUUAAAAAUUGAUACAUAACUUAAAACAUGAUUCUGGAAAUUAGCAAGCAUAUAUAGAUAUAUCAUGAAUUUUCUUUGAAAUAUAUCAGGCUACUUAAACAUGUAACUGCUUUUCAAUAAAGGUUUUUCAAUAAUAAGAUCUUGACAUGAAAUAAGAAAUUGUGCUUUCUGUUUAAGCAACACUAUGAACAUUCUAUCAGUUUGCAGAAGACGUUACAGCAAUGAAUGAAGAACACACAGAUGUAACGAAUGGGUGCAGUAAAGUCAGAACUGGUACUCAGAAUGAGGCUGCCUUAUUGGCUCUUAUGGAAAAGACUGGCUACAACAUGGUUCAAGAAAAUGGACAACGAAAAUUUGGUGGACCUCCACCGGGUAAGAAAGCAAACCUGUGUGUUUUGAGAAUGUUAAGCUUUGGAGUGGGAGUGAGGGAACAGAUUUUGAAUUAAUACGUGUAAUGUAGGUCAAUUUAACAUUGACUGAGAGCUCUGUAGUUAGUUUUUCAAAGAGCGCAUAUCCUUUUUGUGCUUAAUGUUACAGGAAACUACUUUCUAUAAUUUGACCUAUCCCAGCUUAAGAUAAAGUAACUGGAUUCAAGUUGAUUUAUUCCUGCUUGUUAGACUAGGCUAUAAUUCUGACCAAAUUUUGCAGUAAAUUCAGUUGAAAUCACUAACUAGCAGGAAUGGGGUAGGGGAAUAGAACUGUUAAACUAUUUUCAAACUCCAUUAAUAAAACAGAUAUUUUACCCCAUCUGUUUAUCAUACAGGAAGCAACAAAUUAUAAAUUUCCUAAUGUGUUAAGACAUGUAUGUUAAAGUUCUUAUUGGCAAUGUAUCUUGUCUCACAGCAUUUGUAAUAAUGUGCUGAACAAUUUUUUUAAGGUUGGGAAGGUCCACCACCACCUCGAGGCUGUGAAGUUUUUGUAGGGAAAAUUCCCCGUGAUAUGUAUGAAGAUGAACUAGUUCCUGUUUUUGAAAGAGCUGGGAAGAUCUAUGAAUUUAGACUGAUGAUGGAAUUUAGUGGUGAGAAUCGUGGAUAUGCAUUUGUAAUGUAUACAACCAAAGAAGAAGCUCAGCUUGCCAUUAGGAUCCUUAAUAAUUAUGAGAUCCGUCCUGGAAAAUUUAUUGGUGUUUGUGUAAGUUUGGAUAACUGCAGACUAUUUAUUGGAGCUAUCCCAAAGGAAAAGAAGAAAGAGGAGAUCUUAGAUGAAAUGAAAAAAGUUACAGAAGGUGUAGUAGAUGUUAUUGUUUAUCCAAGUGCAACUGACAAGACAAAGAAUCGUGGUUUUGCAUUCGUAGAAUAUGAAUCCCACAGAGCUGCAGCUAUGGCACGAAGAAAAUUGAUUCCUGGUAAAUCUUUGUUUUUCAUAUAAAGUGUAAACACAUUCUUUUCAAGCACUUCAUUCCUAGAAAUGGACUUCACUAAGAGCUAACCUUGAUGAGAUAGUGGCAGGUUCUUGUUCCCUAGCCAUGUAGAAAGGAGUGGUGAAUCUGAUUAAGAACAAAAUGGGCAGCACAUAGGUGAGGAAUGCUGAAUUAUACCCCGGCUACAGUUUACCUUGAAGCCUGUGUUCAAGUCCUUUUCUCCCACACACUUGUUCUUAAAAUUGGACCACCAUUUCAUAGAGUCAAUUUGGGUUUUUAUUAUACUGAUCUGCUGCCAUCACAGCUAGUUCAGCCCUUAACAUACUGAAGUGAGAAAUGAAGAAAUGACAAUGAGCCUUCUUACAUAAAGCAAUUUUGUAUUUUUCCUGUGUAGCCGAGAGUUGAUUUUUGGCUUUCUUCUGAUUUGGUUCCCUGCAAAUCAGCCACGAUGCCCCAUCCCACAUUGCUUAUGACAGCCAUAAACCAUUUGGAAAGACUUUUGGGGGUUGUGGGGUGAAGGAAGAAGUAGAUGAACAUUCUUAGGUAACUAUGGAAAAUGUUAAAAAUUGAUGCAUUUUCAUUUCGUUUUUCUUUCAUAGGAACAUUCCAGUUGUGGGGCCAUACUAUUCAGGUUGAUUGGGCAGACCCAGAAAAAGAGGUUGAUGAAGAAACCAUGCAGAGAGUCAAAGUAUUAUAUGUUAGAAACUUGAUGAUCUCGACUACGGAAGAAACAAUUAAGGCUGAAUUUAACAAAUUUAAACCAGGAGCUGUUGAGCGUGUAAAGAAACUUCGAGAUUAUGCUUUUGUUCAUUUUUUCAACCGAGAUGAUGCAGUUGCUGCUAUGUCAGUAAUGAAUGGGAAAUGCAUUGAUGGAGCUAGCAUUGAGGUAACACUGGCCAAGCCAGUAAACAAAGAGAGUACCUGGAGACAACAUCUGAAUGGACAAAUUAGUCCCAGUUCUGAAAACCUCCUUGUCUUUGCAAACAAAGAAGAUGGUCACCAAAAAUCACUACCAAAGCCAGCCAGUCUCCCAAUUCGACUUAAUGGACAGCACAGUCCAAGUCCUCCCGAAAUUGAAAGGUGUACUUACCCAUUUUUUCCUGGAACAAAGCUUACUCCAAUUAGCAUGUACUCAUUAAAAUCUAGUCAUUUUAGUUCUGCAGCAAUGCAGUUAGAUUAUUACUGCAACAAAAAUAACUGGGCUCCUCCAGAAUAUUACUUGUAUUCAACUACAAGUCAAGAUGGAAAGGUUCUACUAGUGUACAAGAUUGUUAUUCCUACUGUUGCAAAUGGAUCCCAAAGUUAUUUUAUGCCAGACAAACUCUGCACAACAGUCGAAGAUGCAAAAGAAUUAGCAGCACAGUUUGCACUGCUACACUUGGGUAAGUUCUUAAAACUUUUAUUAGUGUUGUUGUGGUUCUUGGUGUUCAUUAUUUUAGCAGGAUGAAUAAUUUAAAGCAAAUAAGACUUCAUAGUAGCCCCUGGUGAUUAGUAAGCAAGCUGUAUGGAAAAGCCUGCAUUUUAUACCCCAGAGAUACUUUAGAAUCUUUUACAUACACCAAGGGAUGUAGAGACUUUGUACUUUUUGCCUCAGAAUGCACCUGUCAGAUACUCAGUUUCAUCUUUUUAACUGUCAAGCAGCAGCAUGCUAGAGAGCAAGAAUACAUUUAAUCUUCAGUGUAAAUCUGAUUUUCUUUGUUGUUUUGGACCAUGUUCAUCUGGGAUCUUUGCCUUUAAGAUUGAGGCUUCUUCUAGUUUUAUUGAAAAGGCAGUGGCAGUUAAUUUUCAUUUCAAUCACAUACUUGCGUUGGGGGGGAUUGCAGAAAAAUAAUGAUACAGUAAAGUUGUUUGGGGAUGGAGUUACGCAAAUGCAUUAACUUUUCUCAGGGGUUUGGGAGGCAUUUACUGUCCUUAGAGAUGUGUUUGUCAAGCACCAGCAUGUGGCCCUCAGAAGGUGAUACAGCUUUUGCAGUUGAAAAAGUUUCCCACCACUGGUUUUUUAAGCUAUGAGUGGUAAAAUAUUUCCCCAAACCUCUUCACCUUUCCUAGAAUCUUUUUACAAGCAAAUAGUCACUGUUUGCAAAAGCUACCCACUUCCUUUGUUAAAAGGACUAAUUUAUAGUUGAUAAGGCCUUAGAGGUUGUAAAAUAAAGGAUUUGUGAAAACUCAACCAGGAAAAGAUAAAGCAUGAUUGAGGUCACAUCUGCAGGAGAAAGUGCUAUCCAGGUACAUGAUUAAUGUUACAAAUCAGAAGACAUGUCGGACGGGUUAUGAAUUAAAUUAUUAUUGCCCAGCACUGUGCGUAUAUGCAGUUGUGCAUGAGUUGAUUGCAUGUAAGUGGGAGGAUGCCUGUACAGCAUUUAUAAUCUGAGGGAAGUCUCAGGCUCAGUCAGCUGUCAGUUUGGAUUUUUUUCAGUUGAUUAUACUUAGUUCUACCUUACUUAUUUCUUAAGUACCGUACUUAUUAUUGCUCUGAGUUACCUUUCCCCCAAAACUCAUUCCUUUUAUAUUAUUCUUGGAUCCAAUCUUGCAUAGCAGUAGCCUCCUAAUUGACUUGCCUGGUGUGACUUUUACAUGACUGAAGUAUUGUACUGUACAAUAUGGUCUGGUUGGUGAGGUUUGGUACUGCUGUCUCUGCCGACUUCUCGUAACCAGCAGUUUUAAGAAAGUGAAUACCCUAUUUCUUAGUGCUCAGACUACACAUUCUGUUGGAUAUUUUCUACUCCUGUAUUACAGGGGUUACUAUACUAUAAUCUUCAGAAUCGCUAUCAGGAUUAUAUGCCUAAUCUCUAUUGCAUUGUCUACUUCCUGCCAACUCAAAGUUCAGGUUAACUUUUAUCAAUAUAAAAGCUGGUAUUUGAGAAUUUUCAGCACAGUAGCUAUAAUAAACACUCCACUACCUUUUCUCAAUCUAAAAUUGAAAACUUUACAGAUGAUCUGUUUCUUGAAAACAUCCUAUUUGAUAUGCCCCAUUGAUAAUAUUUUGCUGCUAUGCAAAAUCCAGAAUUGUAGCUGAAGCCCUCAAGAGGAAAUAGGUAAAGUAAGACUAAAGGCAUAAUAAUACAUAUGGUUUGUAUAGCACUGCCAAGUAUUCAAAGUGCUUCAUGUGCAUUAUCUAGUUGUAAUCUCUACAACCUUGCAAGGCAAGUCAUUAUUUUCCUCCAUUUUUGGAGAUAUGUGGGGACUGAGAGAGGGGGAGAGGGUAUUGGUUAAGGCUACCUAGUCAGCUCAUGGUUGAGGUUAGAUUUGAACUAAAUUGUACCUCUAUUUUCAUCACUACUCUCUAUUACUUUUCAUAUUCACAUAUAAGUCAUAGUUAUAUGUGAGACUUGAAUGAUCUCCAGUAAGGAUGGGUGAAUCAGUCAAUUAUGGGUUCUUCCAAGUUUCUCAUUUUCAGUUUUCACAUUUCCCCAUCAGUUUGCAAUUAAAAUAACAAUCCACAUGAAAAUUCAUCAGAAUUUAGUGUGUAUUUUUCCUAAUAUAUUCAGAUUUGUAUGCAAUGUUGCAUAAUAUACACCAGGCACCCCCAAACUUAGCUGUUUUGGGACUACAAUUCCCGUCAUCCCUGGCCACUUGUCCUGUUGGCUAUGGAUGAUAGUUGUAGUCCCAAAACAGCUGGAGGGCCAAGUUUGGGGAUGCCUGAUAUACACAUUUGGCAGAACAGUUUCCCCUAAUAUUUUGCAUUGUACAUUGUUUCCACUAAUAUAUGCAUUUUUAUGCAUACUUUACUCCAGUACAUGCAUUUAUUUACACGUUACUUGGCUGGAAAACUGAAUUGAAAAAUUAGAAGAAUUUUUGAGGUUGUUUUGGUUCUUGUAUUGGUUUGGGAAGUAUGAAUCAAAUGCAAACUGUAUUGAAAUCUGUGACUAAACUUGUGUCAGUUUACAGUAAACAUUUCAUUUUCCUAUCUGUAUUAACAAUUUUCAAACAUGGCAGUUCAAGAGAGGCUUAAAAGUACAUUUGUUUAGUUAGAAGGCUGGCCACUUUUCAGACCAAUAGUGUCACAAAGUGCUUUAUAAUAACUAAAACACUUCAGUAACAAUAAUUAAAAUACAACAAUAAGACAAACAUAGAAUAAAAUAGACGAAAGCCAGCAUUGGAAUCAUGUCCCAACUAUUCUAGCUCAAUUGUCAACCUCACCCUGUUUUAAAACAAUAUUUCUUUAGAGCGUGUUUAAAAGAGAUAAGAAAUGGGGCUUUCCUGACUUCUACUGGAGUUGAGUUCCAUAAAUGGGGGACCACAUCAGAAAAGUCCUGGUUCUUUGUGUCUUAUCAGCCAAAUAGAUUUUACAGGCAGAAAUCUUAGGAUUUGAGUUGACUGGAAUAAGUACAGGAGAUAACAUAAAGUAAUAUGAACUCAAACUGUUCAGAGCUUUAAAUGUUAUCAACAAUUUUGGCAUGAUUGACUUAAUCUCUUGGUCCCAGGCAGAAGCAAGGCAGCCACACUUUGUACCAACUGUAGUUUCCAAUAUAUCUUCAAAGGCUAUUUGGAGUACAUUGCAGUAGUCUAGUCUGGAAAUCACUAAUGUGUGAAUGACUAUGGCAGGGUCAAAUUUCUGAAGAUUGGGUGGUACGACAGCUACAAACUUAUGUUGAUAAAAUGCACCCCUGUACUUUAUCUCACUCCUAGUCCUUUGAGGCCUAGUCAAGAGAAUAGAAACAGAACUACAAAGUAUGCCAACAGAAGGAAGGCCACAAACAAAAGAAUACAUUGAAUCCUUCCUUCUCUUGUGACAAUGGCAGUGCCCUCCAAGAGGCAGAAAUGCGUCUUACUGUUGCAUUUGAGAGAUGCACUCAGGACUUGCAUGUCCUAAGUUUACAGGAAUUAUAAUGAUGGGAUACUGUAUAUAGUCUUACAUAAAAGUCUUCCUGUUACACAGUUUUAGAAAUCAUUUUGGGGGAGUAAAUAUAUGAACACUUUGUCUUAAACAUUUUGUUCAUCAUUUUAAAGAAAAUAUUUCAUCAUCCAGAUUUUUCCAAUUUUUCAGAAAAAAAGCUUCUGAGGGGAAAAGGGGCCUUUAAAAAACAUACUAUGUUCCCUCCCUCCCCGGGGCCUUCACAUUUCUGAUUGUUUAUUAGAGAAAGGAACCAGCCUGCCACUUCACACAACAGGAUAACAACAACAAAUCUAACAUAGCUAGAGGUUGAGAGAUUUUUCAAACAGUCUAAAGUUGUACUUACCAUUCAGCUUUUGCAGUUAAGUACUUAUAACAUUAGAUGAAAAAUGUCCAUGUUUGGAAACACAAUUUAAAAUGUUAUUAUCAGAUGCUGAGAAGGGAGCUAUCACAGAAUUGUCAGUUAUUGGUAGAUAUGGAAACCAACUUUAAAUUAUCUGUAUUAAAAUGUAAGAAGAUCAUGGGUUAUACUGCCUCAAUGGACAUGUGAAAGUUUAUAGGAGAGAGAAAUAGUAAACAUUUUUCCUGUGCCAAUAUAUCUGAAAAUAAAUACAAAGUAACAGAUAGGUUUCCUUGUAUAAAAGGGAUUUUUUGUUUGUUUGGCAACUAUGUCCUUUACUAAAACCAAUGAGAGUCUGAUCAAGUUCAUAAUCGGCAAGACCCCUGUAUUUAGAUCUUGUUAUUUUAGUAUAUGUUAUGCAAAUUUAAACCCUGUGACUUCAAUGUACUAAGGAAACCUCUAGAUUGCUUUUAAUUAGAAAUGAAGAGCUCAGUACUUCUGGAACUUGUGCCUUGAGAUCAGCACUGCAACAGCAUGCUAUUCUUGCAUUCUUAGCUGGCAUAUUUGUGAAGGUGUAUUUUGCAAUGCCAACACAACAUAACAGUAUUGUACUGCAUAAUGAAUUUUGUGGUGGUUUUUGAUGAAUGACUUGGUGCCCUAGUACAGGAGGAUUGGGGGUUGUUAAUCAUAACUUCAGUGUGCGGAAGAUCAAUGCCCUAAAGUGAGCUGAGAACUAAAAAGUUACACGUACAUAGCAAACUGAAAAUGCAUAGUCCAGUUAAUUAAGUUCCAGAAUUCCAUACACUUUUGUUAGGGUUAACAUCACCUUGAAGAUUGUUACAUUCUGUCUCCACUGCUUGCAGAAAGGGUACAUAACCUCUCCAGUCUGGACCUGUGUAGGAAAAUUUGGAGAAAGUAAGCAGGUAAGUAACUUGAUUGAAGAAAAACAAAAUGGGCCAAAUUCAUGCCUGGUUAAACGCUUGGAAUUUUCCCCGGAAUGAAAUCGCCAUUUGCAGAGAAAUAACUUGUGCUUCGAUUAUUGCACUUUUAUUUUGAAUGUUGCAUGUAACUUCAGUAAUUAAUCCCCAAUAGUAAAGAGUCACAAAUUCUCCUCCAUUGUAAAGAGUGAUCAGGGUAUAUAUUUAACUAUUGGCAGAAAUAAUAUGAAAAUAUGUAAAUACAAUAUUUUUCCCUUUCAUAUUUUUUUAAUGGCACAAGGAAUUUCUGUGUGACAAAAAUCAUGCUUAAAUGAGGCUUUCUCUGACCUCCUUAAGUUGCAUAUAAACUAAUUGAUGUUUUAUUACUAUUUUUUCUGUCCCCCCACACCAUCCACUGAUAUCAAAAUGUCUUCUACCAUUCAUAAAGUUUUAUUUAUUGUAACUCCUUUUGCUUCUUUUUUGUCUCACCCCCCAAAUGCUGAUUUUACUGUCACACUAAAUUCUUUCCCUUUUCAUUUCACAUUUUUAUCUAGAUUAUGGCAGAAGCUUAUGCAUAUUAUUCAUGUUUAGCACCUAGUAUAUUGUUAGCAUGCCUAUAAAUAACGUUGAUGAUGUAGUGCCUGUGUUUUGGUUCAUUGAGCUUUAAAAUAUAUGUUGAAAAAUAAAUGGCAAGGUUUAUGAAGUCCAAGGAAUGAAGUUGGUCUGAACCUGUGUACUCUACUUUAACUGGAGGGCUGCAAAUUAAAUCAUUUCUAACCCCCCCCCAUGCCUCCCCCCCCCCCAAAUCUUGCCUAGUUCAGGAGAGUAGAUAUGCUAGUCUACUGUAGCAAAACAAGCCAUGAUAUUUAUGGCACUUUAAAAGACUUAAAACAAAGUUAUUGUCCAUGCAGGUUUUAAGAACUAUAGUAUAGCAUUUACAUUUUCCUAAUAAUACAGCUAUGUACUUGUUUUUAUUUUGAACCAAUAUGUAACUCCUCCAAGUCAUCUAGAACAGUGGUUCACAACCUUUUUGGUACAGCAACCAACAAGUUUACAUUUCCUUGCUGUGGUGAUCUAUAGCUUCAUUGUCGUGUGAAUUUUGUAUCUUAGGUCUUUGACAACAAUCAGCUUUGUGCAUUUUAAUGGCAAGUUUGCCUAUUUUAUAACCAACAACUUGAGGCACCCAAAACAAAUUUACUUAACACUCCAAUUAAUGUGCAGUUUGUUGAAAUAUUUAUAGUAUAGUACGGAUUCCAUUCGACUUCCAAGGUACGACGGUACUUACAAAGUGAUUCUCAGUUUUGUUUAUGGGAAUGUCAGAACACCCACCAUCUGGAUUGCAGGAUAUUGCUUCAAAAGCUACAAAAAUUAUUCUAUAAACAUAUGGUUACAUAAACAGUGUAGGGCCCCAUCUGUACUAUAUGUUUAAAGCAGUAUUAUAUCACUUGGCUUCCCCCAAGUAAUCCAGGAAACUGUUUGUUAUGGGUGCUGAGAAUUGUUAGAAAUCCCUGUUCCCCUAUAGAGCUACAAUUCCCCAAGUGGAUCAACAACCCAGGGAUCUCUGGGCAUUGUAGUUCUGUGCAGGGGAAUGGGUUUUCCUAACAACUCACAGCACCCUUAACAAACAACAGUUCUUGGGGGGAACUGAACUUUGGGGGACGCCAUGAGUGUGAAAGGACGUGGGUUUUGCUGUGGUCUAAACCACUGAGCCUCUUGGGCUUGCCAAUCAGAAGGUCGGCGGUUCGAAUCCCCGCAAUGGGGUCAGCGCCCGUUGCUCGGCCCCAGCUCCUGCCAACCUAGCAGUUCGAAACCACGUCAAAGUGCAAGCAGAUAAAUAGGUACCGCCCCGGCGGGAAGGUAAACAGUCUUUCUGUGCGCUGCUCUGACUUCCAGAAGCAGCUUAGUCAUGCUGGCCACAUGACCUGUAAAAACUCUGCGGACAAACGCUGGCUCCCUCGGCCUGUAAAGCGAGAUGAGCGCUGCAAUCCCAGAGUCGUCUGCAACGGGACUUAACUGUCAGGGGUCCUUUACCUUUACCUUUUAUGAGUGUGAAAGUGAUGUAAUACUGAUUUAAAUGUAUAGUGUAGAUGGGGCAUUAGUUAUAAUGAACUAUACAUAUUUUUUAUUAUUUUUUCAUGAUAAAGUCCAUUUUGGCAAGUAAUAGUGGCAGUGUAUGCGCACAUUGUGGCCAACUGUCACCUGAUCUGCCAUCAUCUGCCAGGGAGCAGUUUCCAAGCAUUAAAAUGUAAGACUUGAACCUUUCUCUUUGUCAACAUAGCAUUCCAAUAUGCCAAAGAAGCAAAAAGUUGUAAGAGGUGUUCAUUGUUUCAGUUAAGGAUUAAAAGUAAAAAAUUAUUAUUUGGGGUUUAAUUAUAAACUCCACUUGCACAGGCAUUGCAAGUUGCAACAUAUAGGCUGGGAAACACUUUUAGAAUAUAAGUGUAGCUUCAUCCUGUUCCUUUUACGGUGUUGAGAAAAUAAUGUGGCUUAUUUCGACUUGUAUUAUCUCAGAAGGCAUAACUGAGUGGGGAAAUUAAGAAUUUUUGUUGGUCAAUCAUAAAAUAGAAAUUUAAUUUGUUACUAAACAGUAUUGAAUUUUAAGAUGCACAUGCUGGGAAAUUAUUUAUAGAUGUGUUUUUAGCUGUUUUCCUUUGAAAGGCUUGUUGCAGUUCUGCAAGUUAUUAUUAAUGUAUUUGCGCAGCAGCAAUAAUACUUAAAUUGUUAAGAGAUGUAGGUGUAUACCAAGAUGCAUGGUAGUUAAAUAUUGGCUAAUUGAUGUGAUAAAAAGUACUGCCACUUUCUUUUUCUCUGAAACUGAUUUAUUUCUAACUUGUAGAUUGAGUCUUAAAGGCAAAGAUUUAAAACUUGCUAAGGUUGGACUCUUGGAAACCCAUUAUUUAAAACACUUCAGUGUGGUGGCAUGAUAACUCUGUUUCUGCAAAAUUAAAGAUGCAACUGAUAUCUAUAAAUGAAUUUUCUGUUAGGCAGGGGCUAAUUAGACAUUAUAUGCAACUAUGUGAAUAAAGCACUGAAGGCUUUCUUACUAGUAAAAUACUCUUUUGAAAGGAGGCAUUUCUGUUCCAAAUCUGAUUCCAGGUAUGUUUAAUCUUCAGAACGAGUUUCUGAUGAUUCAGGAGGAAAGAUGCUGAUAAUUGGGAGUGGAGAAGGGCAGAGGGAGGACUAAAUCUUUUCCACUCCAUGUCCUCACCCAAUCCCAACAAACAGCUUAAAGAUUUUAUUCUAAAAGGCUUGCAGGGUUUCUUUAUAUGCAUAUGCAUAUAAUGUUUAAUUAGACCCUAAGUGCCCAGUAUUUGUAGCUACUAGGAACAAAAUUUCUGAGCCAUCUCUUAGUGUAAGAAGAUUUGCAGUUCAGUAUCAUCCAUCUUCAUUGCGUUUGACUUUUUUGAGGCUUGAAAUGUAUAGACAGUUGUUUAGCUGAAGGACAAAGCAUGUAAGCUCCUGUCUCCAUGUGACAGUCAUGCAAAUGGCUUUUUCCUCUGCCAUGCCAUGGGUUAUGCGCUGGACAAGUUGUAAUGCUGUACCAGGCUACUAGAUGGCACCACAAAGUCUUCAUUGGGGACAUCCAGGGAGGUAGCCAGAGUUCCACCUGAUAGUUCAUUUUGUACAAGCAAGACAAGUAAGCUCUCUCUCUGUAUGGCCCUGUCAUACUUUGUUUUAGAGAGCUUUGGCUCAAAGUAGCCCCAUGUGUAUAGGUAGUCUUCAGUGCUGUUGGUGAGCAGCAAGGUUUUGAGUGAGGAAUUUGUAGGUUGCAUGGAAAUCUUUAGUAAAAGGCGAAAGAUGCCUGUUUACAUAGUCUAGAUUUGCAGAAAACAAAAACAGUGACCAUUGUUUUAUUUCUUAACUUUUGUUGCUUAAUUAAACCUCUGUUGUGCAUUCAAACUUAACUCAGAUUGUUAUUGUUUUUUUACAGACUACAAUUUCCGUCGAAGUUCAGUAAAUAACAUUUCUCCAGUUAGCGCUACUCUCUCUUCUGGAACAACCAGCAUGUUACCAUAUGCAUCCAGACCAUAUUCUUAUCCAAGCUACCCUUUGUCACCAACAAUUCCACUUGCUAAUAGCAACCAUGUUGGACAGCGUCUGUAUAUUUCCAAUCAGGCCUCAUUCUUUUGAAAAAAAAAGAGAAAAAGCUGGAUGAAAAUGGAAUACGUUUUAUUUUAUUUUAUUUUAUUUUAAAUCUAGAGUAGUUUUAGUUUUAAUCGGGUCCACGCAAUUAGUUUUGGUGAGUUAACUUUAUCCAUUUUACAGAUUGCUUAUAAAUUUACUGAAUUUGUGUGAAGAUAAAGUUUCAAACAUGUUUUUGUUUGGCAAGAGUGGGAUUCUUUCAAACGUGACAUAGUAUUUCAUCCCUUGUCUAAUUGUAGGUAAGGGAAUCCAAGUAAUAUUUUUUUUAAGUAAUUACUUUGCUGAAUGGUAGCAUUAACAUAUUUUAAGUGCCUACAAAUGUUGGUUAUAAUCUUGUUACCAAGGAUCACACUUCUUUUCUUUUCUCUUGGAGAUGGGAAACAUUAUUUAGUUAAAAAGCAAAGUAUUAUGUAAGAAGGAAAUGAUACAUAUGAGAGAUUUAUUUUUGUAGAAAAACAAAAACAAACUUAACUCCAAGUGAAUGCCUCCAAAUUUGACUUCACACAAAUAACUUAUAUACUAUUGUGGUCCUUGUAAAUCACUUUGCAUUUUAGUUGCAUCAUAAAUAUUUGUUUUAUUAAUGAAACAAAUUAUUUUGUGUUAAUUUAUCCAAUGUUUACAUUGUUAAGCAUUAUUUGUUAAAGGUACUGUUCUAUUUGCAUGUUGUCAUGUUUUUAAUGUUUAUAUCAUGUGUUUAAUUCCAUACUUGAAUGCAGACAUUUUGACAUUAAAUUCUUGCUGUAU